CGUCACGGGGUCUCGAAAAAGGCGAAAAGGAAGGGAAGAUGGCUGUCAGUGUGUUAGCUACCGUUUUAGCCCUUCUUGCUUCUGCUUUGGAAUAUUGAAGCAAAGUUGUCAUGGAAAAAUGGAAAAGACCUCUGACUCCUGAGGAAGAUGCCCUGGAGCACAUAGUUGCUUGUAGAGACAAACCCUUCCUGGAAGAAAGGUAUAUAGACUCCUUUAAAGGGAGAGGACUGUUCACCCACAAAACCAUUGAACCAUUCACAUUUGUUGUGGAAUAUCGUGGGAACAUCUUUUGUCACAAAGACACAAGGCCCAAGAAGAAAUGUGGGGAUACUGUGAACAAUUAUUUGUAUGAGUUUUCAUGGGAAGGAGCAAACUGGUGCGUUGAUGCUUCAAAAGAGGAUAGGACCCUUGGAAGACUCGUGAAUGAUGAUCACAUAAGUCCCAACUGCGAAAUUAAGAAAAUUGUUUGUGACGGGAAGCCACACUUGUGCCUUUUUGCAGUGAAAGAAAUAUCUCCAGGCGAGGAGAUAACGUACAGUUAUGGGGAUUCCUCUUACCCGUGGCGCUCAAAGCUUGAGGACUCAGCAGCUUCCAGCACUGAGGAAUCCUGCUCUGAUGAUGAUGACCCACUACCUGACAGUGGACCAAGCCAUGACAGUGACAGCUUUGCCAACAUCAACAGUGAGAUGGAUUUUAGGGACUGUUCACCUUUUUCCGAGUUAGAUUCUUCUCAAGGGACGACAGGGUCUUUUAUGCUGCAACCAGACAAUGCUUCAUGCAGCCAGCAGGAGAACGAGGCGGCUUUAAACUCUGAUGAACACAGCUUGGAUGGAGACUGCGAACUCGACAAGGCUGCUUUGAGCUCCGAUGAACAUUGCUCAGAUGAAGACUACAUACCCAACGAAUUGGAGCCAGAUUUGGAGCAACGCAACCCUAAAAAUAGUAAUGCUGAAGAGGACAAUGAAGAAUCAGAUGUUUUACUUCAGCAGAACGUUAACUUUCCAGAUGAUGUGGAACCACGAGGCAGUAAACUGACUCCUGAGCAAGAUGCCCUGGAGCACAUAAAGGCUUGCAGAGACAAACCCUUCCUGGAGGAAAUGUUUAUCGACCCCUUUAAAGGGAGAGGUGUGUUCACCCGGGAAUCCAUUGAACCAUCCACCUUUGUUGUUGAAUAUCGGGGGAAUGUCUUUACUCAAAAAGAGACCCAGAAAAAUAAAUGUAGGGAUACUUUGAACAAAUAUUUGUUUGAUUUUACGUGGAAUGGAACAAACUGGCGCAUUGAUGCUUCGACAGAGGAUGGGACCCUCGGAAGACUCGUGAAUGAUGAUCACAUAAGUCCCAACUGUGAAAUGAAGAAGGUUGUGUGCGGGGAGAAGCCACACUUGUGCCUUUUUGCGGUGAAGAAAAUAUCUCGAGGCGAGGAGAUAACAUACAACUAUGGGGACUCCUCAUACCCCUGGCGCUCAACAGUCGAGGAUUCAUCAGGCUCUAGUUCUGCAGUGUCCUCCUGUGAUGACGAGUAUGUCCCUGAUGAUGGACCAAGUAGCGAUUACGGUUUUACCAGGAACCAGAACCAACAGAGUCAGAAUUUUAAGAACAAUCCAGAUUUCGCAGAGUCAGGUUUAUCAGAACAGCAGAGAUUUGUGCCACAACCUACUGAUGAUUUAUCCAUCCAGCAGGAGGACGAGGUUGAUUACAGCUCCGAUAAUUUUACCUCUGAUGGAGAGCCCAAAGACCCCUCCUGUACCAUCAGAAAUUAUUGUUAUGUUUGCGGGAAAGCCCAGUCUAAAAUUUCUCGUCACCUUUUCAUCCAUAGAAAUGAGGAGGCUGAUAUAGCUGAGGUGUUUGCAUUACGUCUAAACUCCAAGGAACGAAAAAGGCUACUGGAGAAGUUACGAAACAGAGGAAAUUACAAACAUAAUCAGGAGGUUUUGAAGACUCACAGUGGAGAACUGAAAGUGAGAAGAAGAAAAGCACACAUGUCCAACACUGCUAAAACAUUUGCGCCCUGUAUAUAUUGUAAAGGCAUGUAUAGUCGUAAGGACAUAUGGCAGCAUAUACAAAGGUGUUCUUCAAAGAAGUUCUCAAAAUCUCCAACAGGUGGCAAGACUAAAAUCUUAACUUUGGUUGCUGCUGCAGGGUCAACAGACCCCCAAGAAAUCUCAUCAGAAGUGAGGAAGAUAUUAAAAAACCUGAAGAAAGAUGAGAUUGGAUCAGUAGUUAGGAGUGAUUCUUAUAUACUGCAGCUGGCACAGUGUUUGUGCCAUAUGAAUGAAAGGAACACAAAAAGAUCUGAAGACAUCAAACAGAGGCUGCGGCAGAUGGGAAGACUCCUGUUAACAUUAAGGAAAAAGUCGAUAAGAACCUUUGAAGAGGCUAUCAGACCUGAAAACUUCCACAGAGUUGUUGAAGCUGUCAGAGAGCUUGCUGGUUUCAAUGAAGAGAUUAAUUCCUGCAAAAGACCAAGUCUUAUCCUGAAAUUGGGGAAUUCACUCAAGAAAAUUGGUGACAUUAAAUUUGCCAGGGCUUUGAAAGAGGAUGCUGAUAGAGAGAUGAUACAUGAAGCUGAGACAUUUAUGAAGUUGUGUGCCAAAGAAUGGAGCUCCACGCCCCCAUCAAAAUCAGUCCUAAACAGCCCAUCAACCAAACCGUUCACACAUGACGUGCAGCUUUUCUACCAGUGCAUGGAGAAGACAGCAGCGUCUGCGAUCAAAAGCCUGACAAUGUAUGAAAGCCCACCAGUCUAUAAUGCACUUCUCAGAGUGACAGUUGCAAAAGUGUCGAUCUUAAACAAAAAUGUGUUUGAAGUUUCAAAAGUAACACUCCAGUCAUUUGAGGAAAGGGACAAGACUGAGCUUAAAGAAGACGCCGCUGUUUGCCAGUCGAAGAUUGAGCAACUUCUGUGCAAGCGCUACGUGAAGAUCAAUGUUAUGAGCAAAAGUGGCAGAAAAGUUGGCGAUAAAAAAGUUGCUGUUACGUUGACCCCUGAACUGCUCAGUGCAAUAACACUGCUUGUGAACAAAAGAGAAGCAUGUGGUGUGCAUAAAAGUAAUCCCUUCUUAUUUGCAAGACCUGUCGCCAUAUGUACAAGCUUCUACCAGGGGAAAACGUGCAUCAGCACUUUUGCAGCUCGGUGUGGUGCAAAGAACCCAGAGAACCUCAGGUCUGCAUUUUUUCGUAAGCACAUUGUAAGAAUUUUCCAGAUUCUUAGCCUCACAAACGACGAGCUUGAACAGCUAGCCAGACUUCUGGGCCGUGACAUUCGGACCGACAGGGAGUAUUAUCAGAUGCCAGAGGCAGCUGUUGACAUUGCAAAAAUCUCAGAGCUACUCUCAGCAAUGGAGAAUGGAUCUCUUGAAAGAUUCGAAGGAAAAUCAUUUGAGGAGUUUGAGAUUGCAGAUGAAUUACAGCUGGCCGUGGAGCAUGAUGGAUCUGAAAAUAGUGAUGCUAAGGAGGACAGUGAAGACGCAGAAAGUGCUCUUAAGCCGAGCGAUGUAAAAUACAGGGCCAACGCCGCUCAGGAUAAGGCCGUCACAUCCAAAGGCUCCUUUUCACCAAAUAAAAAAAGAGUUUCUUCCUCAAGCAAAUGUGGCCUGCGCAGAAGGAAGGAGAGUGAAAAUGAGGACUUUGAGCAGAAUAAUGAAAAAAAUUAUGAGGCGAACAUUGAGAACAAUGACAAGUCAGAGGACAUGCCCGUGAAGUGUGCUGUCAAAACACCUGAAGAAACACCAUCUCAUAGUAAUGAGGAUGCAAAAAACACUUGUUUUAGUGAUAAUGAUGAGGACAUGAAUAUGCAGUUUGAUGUGGACAUAGACACCGAUGAGUACGUCAGAAAUAUGGAAAAUCAUGGAGAUGGCGACUCAAAGGGAUUAGCAGCAAUGCCUGUGGUGACAGAUGUCAAAGAAACUACAAAGCAGGACAUGUGCAUCAGUGAUAGUAGGAAGAAAGAGAGCUCACCUAACAAGGACACCACUGACACAGACCUUGAAGAGACCAUGAGCAUCGAUACAGAGAACCAUUUGGAGAAAAAAGAUCAAGAGAAAGGAGGGAAACAAACUGACUGGAUGGAUGUGGAUAGCAGUACUUCCUCUGCCGCCUUAAACUCAGAGAAGGAGAAAAAAUUGUUAGCUGCAGUGACUGGGUUGAAAGAAGUGAAGAUAUUAAUCCACAAACUGGACAUUGAGAAUUUGCUGGCGGGUGACCACAUUUUCCAUUUACCAUCUGUGUGUAACAAGCAGCGGGUGAAAGAUCAGCCCAUCCCGGACGACAGCAACCAGUGUGAAACGUCUUACACAUCUACAGAUGCCAAAAACAAGCCUAGCUAUGAAAAGGCCAUACACAUGACAUGCUGCCACUGCAAAACGAGCAUGACGAAGGGACAAACUGCCUACCAGAAGAAGGGAUUCGCGGAUGUCUUCUGCUCCAAAAGCUGCCUAUUUGAAAUGUUCCCCAUCAACAAACCAGGCACCAAGACCUGUCAUCACUGUCACAAGGCGAUAACGCAGCCUCUGGACCUCAUCAUGGCUGUAGUGGACAUUAAAGGAACUAUGAAGGACUUCUGCAGCCUGACCUGCCUGUCCUCUUUCAAGUCCAGCAGUGUGUCCACCCAAACACCACAGUCGCUCUGCAGUAUGUGCAACAAAUCCUGCGCCACCACGUGUGAGUUGACCCUUAAAGAAGCCGUCCACAAAUUCUGCAGCGACUCCUGCUUGGAAGGUUUCCGCAGGGACAACGUGCCCGUCUGUGAGAACUGCAGCUCCCCCUGCCACAACAAACCGCUCAUGCUGAAGCUGGAGGAGGACACAAAAACCAUCUGCAGUGAUGAAUGUCUGCAACAAUUCAAAAAGAAAAUCAAAGCACCCCAUCAGUGCACCAUGUGCCACACUUCUCGACCGAUGUCGGACAUGGUUGACUACAAAAGCAGCGAGGGCACGGUGGAGCUCUUCUGCACUCGCACCUGUGUGACGUCUUACAAGCUACGGCCUGCAAUUAUAUACAAGCUUCAAGGAAAGAAAGGCUCAGCCCGGUCGAAAAAGAGGAAAAAAGGCAAACAAUCAAAACAUGGAGCAGCAGUAAAAGAAGAUGCAAAGGUCGGUUCGGACUCCACCGUUAACGAAAAUAAUGCCUCUCAAGCUGCUGAAUCGGACAUCACAACAACACUCAUCAUUGCAGACUCAUGCGUUGUCUGUUGCAACUGUGGAAAGAAGCUGCCGAGAGGACAGACACUCUACCAGCCGAAGAGCUCAUUAGAGGUUUUUUGCUCCGCCUCUUGCCUCGCUGAAAGGCAUCCCAACAUCAAAGUAGUCACGAAAAACUGCUACAACUGCUUUCAGGUGAUAAUGCGGCCUCACAACAUCAUCCUGGCUCCGGUGGAUGAUUCAGGAACCAUGAAGGAGUUGUGCAGCGAGACCUGCCUCUCCUCUGUGAAAUCCAAGAGGAACAUGGCUGCCCCGAAACCGCCGCCGCUAGUUGGACCUCGUUCAGAGUGCAGGAUAUGCGCCAGAUAUUGUUAUUGCAAAUUCAAGCUGACCCUGGAUGGCAUGGUCCAUAGACUUUGCAGCGACACCUGCUUCAUCAGCUACCACAAAGCCAACAACUUGCCUGUGUCCGCCUGUGACAUCUGCAGCUCCGUCUGCCUGGACAAACGAUUCGUGCUGAAGAUGGAGGACAGCAGUAAAACCAUUUGCAGUGAAGAAUGUCUGGUCAAGUUCAAAGAGAGAGUCAAGACACCUCAGUUGUGCCCCAUGUGCCGGACUUCCCAUCAGAUGUCAGACAUGGUUGAAAAUAAAAACACAGAGGGCAUAUUGGACUUAUUCUGCAGCAACAGAUGUAUGAUGGUGCACAAGGCGCAGUCUUUCACUGUGUCAGAGAGGAACAGCCCUUCAUCUGAAGAGAGCGAUAUUAAAGAUGUGAAGCCGUCGCUACCGAAUUUGCACUGUAUAAAAGAAGAGCCCAUCGAUGAGGAGUACAACCAGAAUCUCCCUCCCUCCAUAUCCGCAGAAGACAUCAAGGACGAGCCAAAUGUGGCAAAGGAGGACUUGAAGAUUGGUUCUGUCUUCUCCUUGACGGGAGACUCUACGUCGGCAGCGCCCAUUCUCACCCACAUGGAUUUGCCUGCAUCCUGCUCCAACUGCAAAAAGGUUCUGAUGGAUGGAGAGACUGUUUACCAGAGGAAAGGCCACGCGGAUAUCUUCUGCUCCACUUCCUGCCUUGUAAAAUUUUACCAAAAGAAACCAAUUAAGAAGACCUGCCAGUUCUGUCUUCAGGUGAUAACACAGUGUCAGGACGUCCUCCAGGCCCCGGUGGAUACUGAAGGGACAAUGAAGGACUUUUGUAGCCAGACCUGCCUGUCCUCCUUCAACUACAAGAAAAUCAUGUCCACCAAAAUACCCCUCGUGCCAGUCGCUUCACAUUCACAAUGCAGCGUGUGCAGCAGAUAUUGCAUUAGCAAACACGAGAUCAUACAGCAGGAGGUCAUCCACAGGAUCUGCAGUGACCCCUGUUUUCUCCGUUUCUGCAACAUGAACAACCUGUGCAUCUGUGAAAACUGUCAGUCCCACUGCAACACACCGCUCACUCUCAAGAUGGAAGAUGGCAACAAAAAACUAUGCAGCGCAGAGUGUUUGGACCAAUUCAAAAAGAAAAUCCAAACACAGCAGCCGUGUGCCAUGUGCCACACUUCUAAGCUGAUAUCAGACAUGGUUGAAAACAAAAACAGUGAAGACAUGCUGGAGCUCUUCUGUACCAGCAGUUGUGUUAUGGCAUCAAAGAUCCAGGCUGUCAGUGCGUCAGGUACUCCACUGAAUUGUGAUAACUGUGGAAAGACCACAGUACCAGCUUGCCACCUCGCUAUGUCAGAUGCCUCCGUCAGAAACUUCUGCACUUUAACCUGUGCCAUGGCCUUUAAGGAGACUCAGAAAGACACGACUGCUUCCACUAACCUGACAGGAGCGCCUGACCAAACCCAAUGUGAUUUCCUCAAACCACCAGAGAAACUGCCAUGCGCCCAGUGUCGACGCAUUAUAAAAACUACACCAAAAGUUAUCCAGAAAAAGUGCAAAAUGAAUUUCGUGUGUAGCCUGGCCUGUUCUCAAGAGUUCAAGAGGGUCAACAACAUCAUGGGGAAUUGUGAAUACUGUAAGAAUGAACGGACCAUCAGAGACGCCAAGAGGGUCGACGACAAAGACUGCUACUUCUGCAGUGACGGCUGCAAGAUGCUCUUUCGUCAUGAGCUGGAGAAGCAGUGGGGGAAACACUGUCGCUCGUGUGCUUACUGCCACUCCAUAUCCAGGACGGUGGUGACAGCAAGGUAUGACGGCAAUGAAGAGGAGUUCUGCUCCGAAGACUGCAGCUCAAAUUACAAAAUGCUCUUCUGCCGUGUUGCCAAGUGUGACACCUGCAGUCGUAAAGGGAAACUGAGGCAGAGUCUUCCCAUGCUGGGGGAGGUCAAACACUUCUGUGACCUAAAAUGUCUCCUGCACUUCUGUAAUAAAAAAGUCCAGAUGGUAAACAUGGGCUCUUCACCUCCUGGAUCUUCAGGUACAGCAGAGUCCUCCCCUGUCAUCGCUAACGUUAUCUCACUUGCUAGCGCUCUGGCUAGGCAGACCACUGUCUCUUCCAGCACUCCACAAACUGGCUCUGUCCCUGACAUUCAAACUAAGGUCAUUGGACAUGCCAGUAUUCAAACAGUCCCUAAGGAACUGAAGAACAAGUCCAUGCUCUGCACACCGUUGGUCCACAACAAAGGAGUCUCCUGUACAACACAGACUGUCGACACAGGAGCACAAACAGACAACUUUGUACCCAAGGUCAUAGUGCUGCCUGUACCAGUGCCAGUGUAUGUUCCUCUACCUAUGAACAUGUACAGCCAGUACACACCGAAGCCUGUGGGCCUACCGUUACCGGUGCCUGUGCCCAUGUUCCUCCCCGUGACGUCGGAUGGCCCUGAACCAACAAUGGAAGAGAGGAUCCAGCCAAAACCCCUCCAGAGAGAACACAACUUCAGGUCUGAGAUGGAGACCGAGCGGGAUGACAGGAACGAGAGAGAGGACGCGCGUAGGGCCAGAGAGGUGACUGAAGAAGGAGAAAGACAAGAAACUCAGGCCUUUAAGGACAACAUCAGUAGCUCCAGGCACGACUUGGACAAAGAAGGCCCCGGUAGUUUCAACAGCCAGGAGGGCUCCUUCAUAGACGCCAGCCUUGGGUCACCCAGCCGACCACACACUCCGUCUCCUCCGCCUGCUCUGCGGAUGAGAGAGGAUCCCCAGAGCUCACCGAGUCCUGCACCUGCUCCUCCACUAUUACAACAAACUCUGGGCAGAGUCCACAAGAACAAGUUGUCUAAGGUGGCUAAAGAGGAGACAUCUGAAGGAGACUUUUCUAAAGUCAUGUCUAGGAAGCACCACAAACUGAAGAGUCAGUGUGGGAUUGAUGCCUGGAAGAGAUGGAUUCAUUGGAGGGAAUCACAAACCAACCUGGACCCUGUUUCUUCACAAGCUGUGGGGUUAAAGGAGGAUGUUCUUCACUGCUCUGCGGCUGAACUGAGCGACGGCCUCUGUCGCUUCAUCAAUGAGGUGAAACAACCCGAUGGAGAGUCGUACUCCCCUGACAGCCUGUUCUACCUCUGCCUCAGCAUACAACAGUAUCUGUUUGAGAACGGUCGUAUGGAGAACAUAUUCAGUGAUCUGAUCUACAACAAGUUCUCCACAGAGUUCACCAAGAUCCUCAAACACUUCAAAUCCUCAGUCGCAGCCAGUGGUUACAUCCACUCCCGUGUGGAGGAGGAGUUUCUCUGGGACUGUAAACAGCUGGGGGCGUACUCCCCCAUCGUCCUCCUCAACACUCUGCUCUUCUUCUGCUGCAAGUACUUCGACUUCACCACGGUGGAGCAGCACCGCCAGCUGUCCUUUGCCCACGUCAUGCGCUGCACCAAAACCAACCCGAACAACACCAAGAUCACCUUCCUGCGCUUCUACCCACCCAUAUCCAUAAAUGAAGCCGAGCCAGAGGAAGUCCCGGCUAAAAAACGUAAGAAAAAUGAGAAUAAAGAGAAUUUCCUGGAGAUGAUGGAGAACACGGAGAACCCUCUCCGCUGUCCAGUCAGACUCUACGAGUUCUACCUCUCCAAGUGCUCCGAGUCGGUGAGGCAGCGCAGCGACUUGUUCUACCUUCACCCCGAGCGCUGCUGCGUUCCCAGCAGCCCUCUGUGGUUCUCCUCCACCACUCUGGAUGACAGCACCAUGGAGGCCAUGCUCAUCCGAAUCCUCACCGUUCGAGAGCUGCAGGGGAAGAUAGAUGGACGAGACCGACAGUCGAUGGAUGACCCAGCGUUUACACCUGACGAGGUGGAUUCGAAAUGAUGAAGGCAGCUAAUUCACCUUUUUUGUUGUUGUUGUUUUUGGAGGGACUGUGUUUUAAAGUUGGGCAUCAGGUUGAGUUCAUAAAUUUGUAAAUUGCGUAAAAAUGCAAGAGCAAUACAUUCCAUCAAACAGAAAAUUAAGUCUCUCAAACUAACACCAAAAAUUAGUUGAACUGCAAAGACACCUCUUUUAUCAAGUUUUGACGAAAUCAUCAUGAAGCCUAAAUUUUUUCCAAACACUGGAGGUUCACAUCCAUGCUUUGCGACUCCUUCAAUCUCUUUGCAACCUGGACUCAGAGUAAAUACACUGAUGUUUUUCAAAAUUUACAGACAGUCUUUGUUUCAAACCAUUCUAGAUCUUGCUUUUUGGACCUGGACUGUUACCGGGCUGGUUUCGCAGAGGUAAACUUUGUCAACGGCUUAGAUGUAACUGAGAGUCAGGCUUAAGAUAGGUGUCUAAGUUCAUCUCCUGCACAAAGCUGUCUGGUUCUCGUCUAACAUAAAGCAGCUGUUAUCAAUAUUUUUAUAAUAACAGUGUGUCACGUAAAAAUGUUAAGACUGUAGUAAUGAACCUACAGAGAUUUAUCAACUGAAUCUACAGCUCCACACUACUUUACGGAGCUUUAUCGUGAGUUUCAGCUCACUGCUCAGCCGUCCGACCCACAGCUUUGCUGUUUUUGUUCCCUCUCACUGCCUCAUAACAUCAUUUACGGCCGCAUGCGGGCGGCUGUUUAUGGAGAGCAAAAGCUAUAAAACUCACUGUACACUGUUUGCCAUUAAGUUUGCAACAUCAACUUAAUUUGUCAAUGUUGUGUUCGCAAUGUUGUUUCCAAUGGCCCCCGAGUGGCCAAAAACAUCACCGGGACUAAUUUGCCGUGAAUUCUUGGUAAUUUAGGACUCAAACCGUUCAGCUCUGUACACACAGAGAAUGUUACAAGGAUAUUUUACUGGGAAAAUUUUGCAAGGAGUGUGAGAGUACAAAAAACUUCCAGUGGCAUAAAAUCUGGACACCGUGCAGAGCUGUAGCAGAGCUGAGCUGCUGAGGCACCUUAACGUGGCAGGACUCAGUGCUUCUGUUAGCUCACCAGUCAAGAUCAGGACAGUUUCAUUGGGCCAACGAAAACAACUGCCCAUGUCCUCACUGCUGUAUAUUUGUACUGCGCUCCACAACAUUGUUAACAAACCACAAAUUAUGAGCCAUGUUGUCAUCUUUUGUUGUCGUUUGGUGCCACUGCUGAGCAGGGGCACUGAUCGUUACCGGCCCUUAUUUUUGUGAACCAGCAUUAAACUAAUCUAAGAGCAAAUUUGAGACCAAGUCUAAAUGAUCAUUUGUGAAUUCGCCCCCGACAUCUUUCAUCUUUAAAAAGAAACUUUUUUUUUUAAACCGUAUGUCAAGUCUUUGUUUUUUUUUUUUUUGUUUGUUUCCCUCGAGUCAGUUGAAUGUUAACGACUUCAGUUGUGAGUUGAGAUUUACCCAUGUUUAUUUGCAAACAAAUAAAAAUAUUGAAAAAGUAAUGCUGAAUGCUAGUGAACUAUGUAUAGCUCCAAAACAGAAGAGGACCAGGAAAGAUUACUACUGCGCUGCCUGUUGUACAGCCACUCAAGUGUUUCCAGUUUUAACCGAUGAGAUCUCUGUUGUCCCUCCCUGUAACAGGUGCAGCUGUUCCGCACAUAAUCCUUGUGCCAAGUCAGAGGCACUUACCUGUCUGUUUUUUGUUUGUUUUUUUAAAUGUAAGGUUGUGUAAAUAGUGAAUUGUGCGUGGCGUGGUUUUUUUGAGGACGCCCACUGCGCCCUCUGCUAUCGCUAGAACGGCUCUUCCUGUGCCUCCCAACCACUGCUGCAGCUGUUUCUGUGCCGUGUGGAGCCAUGUGUCAUUAGACACAAACCAGGACAAAACUGGGAAACCUGUGGCGUUCACGCGUGACUUUAUAACCUUGUUCAUGCAGUCAGCUCUAACUGGGAAUCACAAGUGGUACUCACUUUUGUUGCAGAGGUCAGAGGUGAACUGACUUUGGUCCGACUGAGGUUGUACUUUCAAUGUAGUGUAUCUAACCUGUUUGUUUUU